AUAUUCCCGUGACGUAAUCAGUUCUCAGCGCCUGUUUUUACACAUUGAGUGAGUAUUUCACAAUUUAAUAAUUAACGUUGGAAUAAUUUAAAUAAUACUUAAACCAAAACAUUAAAGAAAUGCUUAAUCCCAUAAUCUUUUCAUUUCUGACGAUUUUUGAUAAUGUGUUCCUAAGAAGUUUUCUGAUUUUUCUGGAACCCCGGGUGCAAGACAUACGGGUUCUUAUUAAGAGCGUUCCUAGUUCUCUUGGGUUCUAUUUGGGGAUUGAUUCUAUCUGCCAUCAUAUCAAGGAUAUUCUUAAAGCCAAACUUUGUUAGUUAAAUAUGCAAAUGUUUUCUGCCAGUUUUCAUAAUAUAGAGAUUCAUAUGGAGUGAGAGAAAAGUAAUUAGGAAAGUAUGGAACCUCGUAGCUUCGAACAUUUUUUUGGAAAAAAUAUGGGUUUCCAAAAAAAAAAUUCUCCACCAUUUUCACAUUCAAAUUUAAUAUAGUUUAUAGCCAGGAGAAGUAUCUCAUUUAUUUAUAUACACAUUCUUUGGAGAAUGUUGCAUACUGUCGCUGGUUUUAAACAGUUUUGGAAUUCUUUCAACACUUGGUUAUAUUCUACUAAUUUGAUCUUUUAGCUAAAUGAAAAGAAUAAAACUCUUGACUUUUGCUUUAAAUACUAUAGAAUUUUCUAUUCAUCAACUAGGAUACUCAUUUGUUGUCUUUUAUGAUAGCUACACGGCAGCCACCAUGUUGGUUUGCUUCGUGUCCCACGUGACUUAUACUCGUAAUCACGUGACUUAUUCCAUGUAAAAUGGUUUUUUAGUCUUCAGAAUCUAAAAAUCUCCAUUGAAUUUGUGAAACUCAAUUGUUUAUAUGACAUUUUCAGAAAUGGAAGCGAUGAUACUAAACGGGGAAAAAGAUGAAGAAAAAGAAAAUGAAUUGGAAAGCAAAUGUGUCAAAUUAAGAAAUUCAGAACAUGUCAAUAGUAAAAUUGACGAGAAAAUAAAUCCUAUACCUGAAGGAAAAAUUAGUGAAAAUUCCGAAGCAGAGAAGGAUGAUGACAAAAAUAAUUCAGCAAUAGUUGUAAGCUCAGGUUCUGAAUCUUCUUUUGAAGAUACUCAAUCUAAAAAAUCAAAAGAAGAAAGUAAACAAGCAUCACUUAGCCCUUAUAAACGCCUACUUCAUACGUAUAGUUCAUCCCGCUGCUCUGCAGAUCACACAAUUAAAAUUGGGAUAAGUUUAUGCCGCUACAACUUUUUGAAAUUAAAUCAGCGUUCUUCAUCAUCAAAUGCACCAGAACUAGCCUCUUUGGAGAAAUUUUGCUCAAAUCUAAAUUUAUCUACCAAGAAUUUUGAAUGUGAAUCUUGUCCAUUUAAAACAAAUUUUAUAAGCUCUCUAAAUUAUCAUAAAGAGACUGUGCACCGUACUGAAGACGGAAAAUUAGUCUGUGCUGUGUGUAAACAGUUUGAAACUUCAGAAUAUUUAAUAUAUCAUUCUCAUAUGAAAGACGCCCAUAACGCUAGUCUUAAAACUGUAAAUUGGAAAGGUGGACCUUUUCUGUGUAGUAAUUGUAGUUAUGAAACAAACUUUCGAAAAGCCUUUAUUCGACACGAAGAAAAAUGCUUGGAUAGGCAUAUAAUGUCAGGAGAAAAGGAUAUUCCCACUGAUUCCGGGAAAUCAAAUACUAACGUUCAGCCCUCCAAAAAUAAUACGCCUAACCCGUCUCUUCGAUCUCUUUUACCAGCUCAAAAAGUAACUCAGGCGAUGGUCACUAAAACAGGUCUAAAAACAACCCAAAUAUCACCGAAUGGGCCAAUAUUAGCCCUACCUGCGCACGCAAGACCUAUACCAACAGCUCCAGGACAACCUCAGCAGUAUGCUAUCAAUAAUCAACUGUAUCAGCUAAUACAAUCUCCUAAUGGAAAUGGCUACGUUCUUUCACCAAUACCUGGUGUUGUUUUGCAACAUAACAACAUGAAAAGUGUUCUGAAAACAUCUACCUCGACUUCUAAUACGACAUCUACCGUUACAAACAACUCAAUACGCUCUACUAAUAGCAAACAAAAUUCCGUACCCAACUUAGUUGCAGCAGACAAAGGAAUGAUGAAUGAGAUAUGUGAAUUAUGCCACAAAGGAGUUAAAGAUAGAGAUGCACUGCGGCAGCAUCUUUCUUUUUGUCAUAACUUUAAAAUUCCUCAAGAAUUGAUGGACAUGGUGAGAAGACCAUUUGCCUGUGACUUUUGUGAUAGUAGAUUCUGGACAAGUCAGGGUCUAAUUAACCACAGAACUGGAAACCAUAAAGCUGAAAGAGCGGCUGCAAAUGUUUUAGCAGAAUAUCAGAAAAAAGUUCCUAGUGCUAAAAUGAAUUCCACAGACACCACCUCUAGUAUAUCAAACACCCAAGAUUCCAACUCCAAACCUGCAAUGAAAUCCGGACAAAGAGUUUAUAGAUGUCACAAAUGCAAAGAGAAUAUAUCGGGAAUAGUCAACCACAUGAAAAGUUUUCAUGGUAUUAGUGUUAAAGGCAUGUUUGAGAAGGGAGAAUGUAUGGUUUGCGGAGAGAAAAUAUUGGAUAGAGCUUCUAUGGAGGAGCAUAUUACAACAAUUCAUUCUGAAUUAUUUAGAAGACGAGCUCCAACUGCUAAUUCCCGUGACAAAAAGAAGUUUGAAUUUAAAUGUAAACCCUGUAAAGUUCGAUUUAAGUCGGAAAAUCAGCUAAGGGAACAUGAUAAAUUAAUGCACGCUUUUCCUUGCUCUCGGUGCUCUGAAUCAUUUUUAAAUGAACGAACUAAACUGGCGCACUUUCAAAAAGUUCAUAGUAAUGAAAGAGAUAAAUGCCCAAUGUGCGAUGAAGAGGUUCAGGUUGGCGAACCAUUUAUUAAUCAUGUGGAGAAGCACUUGAAUCAGUGUUCUGUAAGAGUGGAAAAAAUGAAUGCCCAUGACAUAGAUAAAUUUCAAUCGAAAGAUGAAGAAGACUCUGAUCUAAAAAUUGAUUUGACUGAAGAAAGCAUUCCUCAGACUGAAGGUGAUAGAAUAAGUGAGGACGAUGACGUUAUGAUUUUGGAGGAAAAUGGGCCUCCUGACAUGUCCAAGAGAAAAAAACCGAAUGACAAAUUGGAUAUUCGAAGCCACCCGAAAAAUCGUUCAGAUGAGCCUUCUCGCAAAAGAGUAAAAAUAUUAGACCCGAAAGAAAACUAA